AUUUACAAUCCGGUGCGAGCAGCUGAUUGCUGAUUAGAGAGAGGUCUUCACACUUCUCAUCCCUCCAAAUUAUUCUCGGAUUUUUAAUAUCAGUGUUCCUUCACCCCACACUUUACUGUAAUAAGCGAAUUGUUCGAUUCUUCAGUAGUUUCAUCCUCCCAUCACACAUUUCUGUGCCAAGCUAUCAGCUCUAAACUUCCUUGCUCGAAGCACACCCAAUCUCGGUGUAUUAACAACCCUUUUGUGUUUACUGAAGUUCUUUCUUUGAAUGUCUAAUGUUUAGAAUGUCAAAGACGAUUGUAUUUGUGACAGGAAAUGCCAAAAAACUGGAAGAAGUCGUCAGUAUCCUCGGGACUACAGUACCUUUUAAAUUGGUCAACAAGAAAAUUGAUCUGCCGGAAUAUCAGGGGGAAAUAGAUGAUAUAUGUCACCGCAAAGUCCUUGAGGCCAAAAGAAUUGUCAAUGGAUCUGUGAUCGUGGAAGACACAUCUCUAUGCUUCAACGCGCUUGGAGGGCUCCCAGGGCCUUACAUCAAGUGGUUCCUUGAAAAAAUUGGACCAGGUGGAUUACACAAUCUACUGGCUGGAUUUGAAGACAAGAGUGCUACUGCUGUCUGUACCUUUGCAUUUGCGGACGAGAGUGAAAAAGUAAUUUUAUUCAAGGGUGAAACAGAGGGUACAAUUGUCAGCCCAAGAGGAACUAACUUAUUUGGCUGGGAUUCUUGCUUUCAGCCCAAUGGUUAUUCGCAAACUUAUGCAGAAAUGCCAAAAUCUCUUAAAAAUGAAAUGUCGCACCGGAAUAAAGCUGUGAUAAAACUAAGAGACUACUUUGUGAAACAGUUAGAAAACUCUUAAGAGCUCUAAAAAUGCCAUACUCUUUUUCUUGUUAUUUAUUAAAUACAGUUGUUUAUUUUUAAGCAAUAACAUAACAGGGAUAUUACAACUCUAAGUUGUAUUUUAUACGUUAAACUGUAAGUACUUCCUAAAAUGUAAGAACUGUAAAAACUACAAUGAACUUCACCGCUCAGAAUUUUAUUUGCAGAUUUUUUUAAAUGCAAUUUUCUCACUUUUCU